GUUCUGCCAGCAAUCGUGUCCAGUCUCUGAUUAUUGUUGUACCGCCGUUGGUACGCCGCGGUACUACGGAGACCACUCGUUCGCCUGCCCAGCAGGAGUAGCCGCUGACUAGAGCGGCAGCGGGGAAUGGAAGCGGAGAACGCGGGCAGCUACUCCCUUCAGCAAGCUCAAGCUUUUUAUACAUUCCCAUUUCAACAAAUGAUGGCUGAAGCUCCUGAUAUGAAUGUUAUGGACGAACAGCAAAUGCCAGCGGAAGUUCCAGAACCAGUGCCUGCUCAGGAACCUGUACAAGAGACUCCAAAAGGAAGGAAAAGAAAACCCAGAGCAACGGCACCAAAAAAACCGGUAGAACCCAAAAAGCCUGUUGAGGCCAAAAAAUCUGGCAAGUCCACAAAAUCAAAAGAAAAGCAAGAAAAAAUUACGGACACAUUUAAAGUGAAAAGAAAGGUAGACCGUUUUAAUGGUGUUUCAGAAGCUGAACUUCUAACCAAGACCCUCCCGGACAUUUUGACUUUCAAUCUGGACAUUGUGAUUAUUGGCAUAAACCCGGGACUAAUGGCAGCUUACAAAGGGCAUCAUUACCCUGGACCUGGAAACCACUUUUGGAAGUGUCUGUUUAUGUCAGGCCUGAGUGAGGUCCAACUGAACCAUAUGGAUGAUCACACUUUACCAGGAAAGUAUGGUAUUGGAUUUACCAAUAUGGUGGAAAGGACAACACCAGGCAGCAAAGAUCUAUCCAGUAAAGAAUUCCGUGAAGGAGGACGUAUUCUAGUGCAGAAAUUACAGAAAUAUCAGCCACGAAUAGCAGUGUUUAAUGGAAAAUGUAUUUAUGAAAUUUUUAGUAAAGAAGUUUUUGGAGUUAAGGUUAAAAACUUAGAAUUUGGACUUCAACCCCAUAAGAUCCCAGACACAGAAACUCUCUGCUAUGUUAUGCCAUCAUCCAGUGCGAGAUGUGCUCAGUUUCCUCGAGCCCAGGACAAAGUUCAUUACUACAUUAAGCUGAAAGACUUACGAGAUCAAUUGAAAGGCAUUGAACGAAAUACAGACGUUCAGGAGGUGCAAUAUACAUUUGAUCUACAGCUGGCCCAAGAGGAUGCAAAGAAGAUGGCUGUUAAGGAAGAAAAAUACGAUCCAGGUUAUGAAGCAGCGUAUGGCGGUGCUUAUACUGAAAAUCCGUGCAAUAGUGACCCUUGCAGCUUCUCUUCCAAUGGGCUAACUGACAGUGGAGAAUCAACUUUCAGUGACAUUCCAAAUGGGCAGUGGAUGACCCAGUCGUUUACAGACCAGAUUCCUUCCUUUAAUAAUCACUGCGGGACUCCAGAACAGGAAGAAGGAAACCAUGCUUAA